GCCUAAAUUCAGAACUAGCAUUCACACACGCAAUGCCUUUUUCUUGGUAUCUAAUUCAAGAAAACCCAUUAUAUUUUCUUGGCUUUCCUUUCAAGCACUAACCUUUACAUAUAAAUGGCAUCUUUAAUAUGGUAGAAAGGAGAAAAAAAGGAAGCAAGAAUCUUUAUAUUAUCCAAUAUGGCAUACCAAACACGUCUGACUCUAUAGAAAACAGGAUUAGGAUGCAAAAAAGUUCUUGAUGGCUAAUCAAAGAUGGCUCUUAAGAGGGCUAGUUUUUAUCAUAUGGGGUGCAGCUCUCAACCAUGGCAUGCCGCCACAAAACCCAGUCCGGUGUAACCAAACCGGCUGCGUUCUUUACAACGCCUAUGGAGUAUGGGGCGAUCGAAAAGACUGUAAGGCUCCAACCGUCGUUUAUCCAACUACAGAAGAAGAACUCCGGCUCGAAGUAGCCAAUGCAAACAAGAACAAUCAAAAGGUCAAAGUUGUCACGAAAUCUUCCCACACUAUCCCAAAAUUGGCAUGUCCAACGGAAAAUGCUGUCCUGAUUAGUACUGAGAGGUACAACUCGACAAUUGACGUCAACAUCGACAGUUUAUCGGUCACGGCCGAUGCUGGAGUCGGCCUCCGGGACGUGAUCGAUAGGGUGGAGAAGGCAGGGUUGAGUCUGGUGGCAUCUCCGUAUUGGGAGGGUGUUAGUGUUGCUGGGGUGAUAUCCACCGGUUCACACGGCAGCUCGUGGUGGGGAAAGGGAGGAGCGGUUCAUGAUCAUGUGAUUGGGCUUAAAUUGAUUGUUCCUGCAAAUCAAUCAGAAGGGUAUGCAAAAGUUGUCAAUUUGCAGGCACGUGAUCCAAUUUUUAAUGCUGCAAAAGUCUCUUUGGGAAUGCUUGGAGUCAUUUCUAAGGUGACAUUUUCCUUGGAACGAGUAGCUCAGUAG